CCGGAGUUUAGUCAAGCUCCGACACGGGUUUUCAGGAAAAUUCUACUAUUUAGUCAUGUAAACCCUCGCGUGUCCAUAAGUUAUCGAUGCCUUCCACAAAAUGGAUUUUACUUCUACAAACUCUACUUAUUUUCUAUGCCUUUUAUCAAGUGACAUGUGGAAUUAAAGAGGAAAUAAAGAAGCGACUGCUGAAGGCGCUCUCGAAGGCGGGUUAUACCUUAAAAUUCAUAGGUACCACAGGCGAGGCCCUUGGCGAUGCCAUUAUCCAUGGGAGUCGUUUACCAAAGGCCGUUUAUGAUAUCGUUCGCUCUCUGUUUAAAAAAGGGGAAUUGGAGAUUGAAUUGGAGGCUCAAUGGAAGGCAAAAUUGGACGCAGACUGGAAGACUAAAUUGGAGGCUCAAAAGAAGAAACCAGUAUGUGAACCAGCGGAUUUCAAAUGUAAAAUUCUGAACAUUUUUGGUAUGAAAUUGAAUGAAACAAAAGGAGAAUCUGGGGGGUAAAAAUGUUACAGUUUAAAUGGAUAUUUAAUGAUUUUGGAGGAUAAAUUUUGUAUGUGUACAAAUUUAA